GUCCUCCUUCCUCGAACCACAUCUUCGUCCGGCGCGUCUCUUGCCUCUCGUCUUUUCGGACAGCUUCGUCGCGUGGCGCUGCAGCAAUGGCAUCGUUGUGGGACAAGGCUUUCUCCACGUACCAGGCUGUGGUGGCCAGCACCGACCCCCGGGUGAAGAGCUGGCCGCUCAUGGGCAGCCCGAUGACCAUGCUGUCCAUCAUCGCCGGCUACAUCUACUUCGUGAAGGUGUGGGGCCCCAACUGGAUGAAAGGCCGUGAGCCGUUCCAGAUCAAGACUGUGCUGGUCGCCUACAACCUCAUCAUGGUGGUGCUUAGCACUCUUUUCUUCAUUUUGGGCGGCUCCUACACGUACCUGGGACCGUACAACUGGUUCUGCCAACCAGUCAGUUACGGAACGGAUCCGGACUCGAUGGCCGUCACGACCUUGGGCUGGUGGUACCUGCUGAUCAAGAUGGCCGAGUUCCUGGACACCGUCUUCUUUGUGCUCACCAAGAAGUUCUCGCACAUAUCGCUGCUGCACGUGGUGCACCACUCGACCGUCGCCUGGGUCGUGUGGAUGGGCGUCAACCUCGGAGCCGGUGGCCAGAACGCCUUCUUCCCAUUCAUCAACUGCUUCGUGCACAUUGUGAUGUACACCUACUACUGCCUGACUGCCAUGGGUCCCGAGGUGCGCAAGUACCUGUGGUGGAAGCGUUACCUCACCCAGUUCCAGAUGGCCCAGUUCGUUGUCGGCUUUCUGCACGCCUCCAUUCCCGUCUUCUACGACUGUGGCUUCCCUCCCUACUUCGCGUACAUCCUCAUGGGUGAGGCCGUCAUGCUGUUCUUCUUGUUCCGUAGCUUCUACAACAGGAAUUACAAGCCUUUUCCGAUGGCGCGCAGCCUGCAGCAGCGAAACGGUCACGUGAAGACAGCCUAA